ACAAAGGUGUGUCUUGGUGGAGGGUUUAUCACACCGACAACAUUGUGAUGAUCAGUGAUGCAUUAGCUGGAUAGAUUAUUCCUGCCUCAAGAAGACAUGUUGUGACUGGGAAAGACGGAUGCGGUGUGUUUGCAUUGUCGGAUGAUGGGGAGUUACAGUGUCCUUUACUUGAGACAGAGCCAGGAUGGGGUGAGUUGCCACCAGUCCUGCUAGAGCCCCUGGCCCCUCCUCGUCAGUCCCCCUCCUCGUCACCACCGUCACCAUGGUCCACACGAAGCUGCCCCACGAGAUGGCCACCAGCAUGGAGAGGAUCCAUGUGCAGGAAGUGUAUGAACAGAUCGCACCGCAUUUCGCUGACCUCAAACAGAAAGCUUGGCCGAAGGUGAAACACUUCCUGAAGAGCCUUGAACCUGGAUCCCUGGUAGCUGAUGUUGGAUGUGGAAAUGGCCGUUACUUAAGGAUCAACAACUCCAUAUACAAAAUCGGGUCUGACGUUUGUCAGCCGCUUGUGCAGCAUGCAAAUCACCAAGGGCAUGAGGUCAUGACUGCAGACAACCUUCACCUUCCAUAUCGAGAUGGCAUUUUUGAUGCUGUCAUCUCAAUAGGAGUGAUUCAUCAUUUCUCAUCUCACAGCCGACGCGUUCAGGCCUUGAAGGAGUUGACAAGAGUUCUCUCCCCUGGAGGCAAGCUGAUGGUGUAUGUUUGGGCCUUUGAACAGAAGCAUAGAAGGUUUGAGAGUCAGGACGUGUUGGUCCCUUGGCACAAACCCUGCCACCCCUCCCACCGCACAUACCGAGGGUCAAGCUCGGACAUUGACCACUCCAGUAACAGUUCCGUUAGUGACGACGACACCUCCUCUCUCAGCAGCUUUACCCACUGCCAAGACAGUCCCCCUGACGACCUGGCGGGAUUCUCAAACAGGAUCAAGUCUUUAGAAGAUUUCCGCCAGCCUUCGGACGACGUGUUUGAAAUUGAGGAUGAGGGACGUCUGCGAUCAUCUCGAAGCGGAUGCUCCCUUGAUCAGCUCACUCUUGUCCAGGAGUGUCGUCGUCUUGAAGCCUGCCUUAAGGAAUUGUCAGAAAAACAGAUCUCAACAAGUGAACUUAACCUCUCCAAGGACACUGUCCCCAUGUUGCCUUCAUCGAAAUUCAAUUACAGGAAGAAGUCUCAUGCUGAAGUAAAGACCUCGGAUGCAGAAGCCACGUUUCGUCCUACAAAGAACAUUAGUGCUUCAUUGUCAACCUGUCAGUUGGACAGAGUGCCUUGUUAUUUGCCCUGCACUACAACUGGGAGUGCCUCCGAAACACCGAAACAUCUUCCACUAGGUCACAUAGACUCAUCUACCAAACAUAUCAGUCACAUAUCGAAACACAACUGUAGCCAUCACCUGACAGAGCAUGCCAGCGUCAGACUUAACAUUUUCCAGAAACUUCGACUCAGUUUUCAAGGCUUCAUGUCCAGGAGGGACGAAAAGAGCCUCCAUCAGGAUGGUUCAUCCACAUGUCCUAAGAAUAGUUCCGAUAUCCCUGAGUUCUUUGCUGUUCGGGAAUUUCCCAUGAGCAGUCUCAGGCCUGAACAGCCCACACAAAAUGGACAGGGUUACUCUAGUCAAAAUGGUGUCAAGCUGAGGAUGAAGAGAAAUAUCUCUGACAUGUCUGAUUGUAUGAAACUGGCAGGAAAGGACAAACAGAAGGAAUGUUUCCUGAAAUCCAGAUCCCCAUCUGCAAGGUCACUGCCCCUGGAACUAGACACUGCUGCUGCAGCUCGGUCCUCCUACAGUAGACCAAGGGUGAAGAGUUUAGGCAGUCAGCAUCAGGAAUCUGGGAAAACUGCUGAUAAAAGCAUCAAGAAAGGAUGUGAAAGGUUGAAACUCAAACAAAAUGGGCUCCAGAAGGGACAGUCCCGAUCUCAAGGAGACUUGUUUCAGAUGAAGAUGAGGAAGAACAAGAAAUCUGAAGCUACUCUUGCCGCAGCAUCUAGCCACAGCAUUGACUACAACGACCUGGACCAGCCUGUUGCUGCAGCCCAAGGCAGAGGCUCAUCCAGACCAGUCCUGGAGGAGACUAUUUCAGACAACUGUCUGCCAUCACCCGGCAGCACCGGUCAGACUCUCUCCAACACAGACCUGUGCCGCUUCUAUCAUGUGUUCAAAGAGGGCGAGCUGGUGGAUAUUGUUAAAGACAACAUCGAAGAUCUACAUAUCAUUGACACCUACUUUGAUCAUGCCAAUUGGUGCCUCAUUGCUGAGAAAGUAAAGUUAUGGAAGAUUUGAUCUCAGUGUUCCUUAAAUAAAGGAAUAGUUGCUGAAAUGUUUAAAUUGUUUUAUACAUGAAUGAAGCCUCUCAGAAUUCUCAAUUUCUUUUCCAUUUUGAUUUACAGGUGAAUUGGUCUAUUGAACAUGCAUGAGAUGACAAUUUCAGUCUGGUUUAGACAGGUGUCCAUACUAGUCAGAUUCAUAUGCGAAUCCCUUGAUUAAUCAACACACAAGCAUUAAAGAACAAGUGAAAUAUGGAUGGAUGUUAAUUUAUGUAUGCUCAGUGGCAAAAAUAACUGUGAUCAUAUGAAUCUGUUGAUAAUUGAAAACUAAUAUAAGUUACAUUGAUGAAUUAAUACAGAGAAUUAGAAUAUGCUCAGGUAGAGUUUGAAUUUGUUUAGUUUGAUUAAUUCUUAGAGUUUUGCGUUAUAGGGUUCUAAUAAAUCCUAGUCAGAUCAAUAACAUGAUGACAGUUUCUUGACUUUGACAAUGCUUGAUUUCACAUGUGUCAUGAGAAUGCUUUGCCAGUAUAUUGUACCAACAGAUAUGUAAUUGGGAAAAUCACUCAGUAGAUUUAAUGUUCAAACAGAUAACCAAAUGCAUAUGUGAGAUGUGCUUUUUCUACAAUGGAACAUCUCCAGAACGGAAUUACCAACUAUUUCUAAAGUCCUUAUUCGACAAGUCUGUCAAUAAUAAAUGAUUCUUUUAAAUGAGAAAUGCUGUGACUAUUGACUUGCUCUUAGCCCAGUUCCACAAAGCAAUCUUUGCACUAAAAAUAUUGUAUAUCUCCAAUACUUUAACGCAGAUAUACGACAGUCAUAGCACUAAGAUGAUCGUAACACCAAUACUUUGACAUAGACUUACGACAGCCGUAGCAGCAAGAUGUUCAUAACACACAUACAUUAUCAUAGACUUACGACAGUCGUAGCGCUAAGAAGUUUGUAUCUCCCAUACUUUAACAUAGACUUACUACAGCCGUAGCAGCAAGAUGUUCGUAACACACAUACAUUAUCAUAGACUUACGACAGUCGUAGCACUAAGAUUGCUUUGUGGAAGUGAGCUCUUGUUUAAACAAAAAUCAGUAUUGCACAAAGUCAGUUUCUGAUGGAAUCUCUGAACUUAAAGCCCAGUGGUCAUUGUGACAUGUUUGGUGAAACAUUUAAAAAUAAGUAAAAUUAUUCUUCCGUGGACAUGCCAGAGCUGGUGCUGUGCACAUCCUGAAUCCGUAUGUGUAGUUAGGUCAUUUGAGAUGUUUAUGUAUUUCAAGCAUCAGUGGAGAAUACUGAUGAAACAGUCAGCAGGCAACUUUAUCAGUAGACUCUGUAGCUCUAGGCUGGCAGCAGCGCCGAAGCGAGAUCUGGAACAUUAUGUUGACAGUAUGUGACAGUGCAUACUGUAAAUCCUUGAAUAAGUGCCAGUGAAUUUCAUAAAAGCUGCCUUGAAUUAGUGCUGGGUCAACUGACACACCCAUAGAAACAUAAAGUUUACACACAAUGAUCUCUUGCCUUGAGUAAAUGCCUAGUGAAACUUUGUUCGUUUAAAACUUGGGAAAUAUUGGGAGGAGACAAUUGAAACGAAAUGUAAAAAAUAAACUGGAUUCAAGCACCCUUUAUAAAUUUGAACUCCUGUCUUGAAGAACGCUUGUUUGAAUAAACACUGAGUCUGAGGAUUUGCAUAAAUAAACGCCUGGAUGGUUCCAGAAAGCGAUCUUGGCGCUAAGACGAUCAUAACUCCCAUACCUUACCUUAGACUUACAACAGCCGUAGCUAAGAUGAUCAUGAUGAUCGUAACUCCCAUAAUUGAACAUAGACUUAUGAUCGGAACUCCUAUA